AUGAUUGUCUCUCAGGUGGUUGUUCUACCGACUUGCGCGAUCUGUCAUGAUGAGGACGAAGGUGUCUUGAACGCAAUCGUGGUCACCAGGUGCGGACAUAUAUUCCAUUCGCAUUGUCUCGAGGAAUGGUAUCGACACGAACGCGCCAUACACCCUGGAAACAGAUGUCCGUAUUGCAAUACCACUUUACCCCCUCAGUCGCCCUACCCAUUCGGAACUAGCAACACUCUCCGUCUCCAUCAGCUUACACAACAGCGAGUUAGUAUUCUUUCCGAGGAAGACCCCUGCCCCGAAGAGCAGCUCAGGAACUUGCAACUUCAAAUCAAUUCAACCAAGCUCGACUUGAACAAAGAGUCUGCCAAGGUUCUCGAUCAGGAAAGAGGGAACGCCGAGCUCGUCGCGGAGAAUACAGUACUCGAAGCAACCAUCAAGCGUUUGAGAGAAGAAUUGCAAUCGUACAACAAUAAGACCGAUGAACAUGCCACGCUAAUCCAGAAGGAGCAGGAAACACACAAAGAGGAGUGCGCAGCAUACUUGAAGGAAGAAGAGCGGUUGCGAAUCAUAGCCGGUGGUUUGGCAGAGGGCCAGGAAAGAGUCAAGGGUGAAAAAGCGAACUUGCACGCACUUUUGGAGCGCAAGGAGAGGGACAGGCUGAGACUUUCAGGCCUCGCAGCUUCCCAAAGUGGGACGAUCAGGAUCUUGGAGGCUCAGGCGGUUAGUUUGAAUCGGGAGAAGCAUGAGCUUUACCAGAUGAUCGACAUCACGAGAGAGAGCCAGAAGAAGUCGUCAGGGGGGAAAUCGAUCGAGUCCGACCGGUCACACCAUCUGAUGAACGUGAUGAUGGCCCUGAGCGGACGAUUCUCGAAACUGGAGAGCGAGUGCUCAAGUCUAAAACAGAUGCUGGAAACCAGAGAAGAUGCAAAUGAUCAGCUCGAGACGACCGCGGAUGAUUCGGUGAAGGAUUAUCCAGGUUCUGAUGAAGCUAUCAAUACAUCGCUCAAGAACCCGUUAGAAGCAGCUAGCCUCCCGAUCCUUCAAACCUCCUCCGAGUCUAACACCGAUCGCGCCAAAGGGAAGCAGAAAAUGGUCGAAGGAUUCGUACCGAAAAUGAGCGCGCUCGAGGUUUCUCAAGACGAAGUUAACGAGAAUAUGGACCCGAGAUUAUUUGCAUAA